AUGAUCAUCCGGCGCGAUUCCGACGUCGAAAUCCAUCUUCCUGAUGCGGAUCAAUCGACUUCAUCAACCACCGCGAACGAAGCUGAUGUAGACAUGUCGUUAGAUGAUCCCAGCGUACCACUCGCAUUACCAGCUAAUAUUGCCGCCCGCUUCUAUCAAAAAUCAAGCAGCCGUAGGCGCGCCUCUUCCACUUCUUCUCGUCGCAGUUCUGUAUCCUCAUUGCAUUCACAUCACUCAAAUAUCUCUGCCCACGGCGGACCCCAUAGUGACCAUGUGGCGCAGCACAUGCGCCGUGCGUCCAUCAUUGAAUCUCGUAAAGCACGCCUCGCAGACCGUGCGGCACAUGCGGAAAAAGUCCGCCUACGUGCUGCGCUUGCGAAAAAUGAGUCCAAACAUAUAUUGAGGGAGGAAAGGGCUCUGGCAGCCAAGCAAGCUCGUGAGAGGUUUUUGGCCGAAAUCACGGCCAAGUGUGAGGAGGAGGUUCGAAGGGCAAAGAAGAAAGCGGAGGAUAUGAAGGAGCGGAAGGCUGCGGAGCACGCUAGGCAACGGUUGGAGAUGGCGGAGAAAUUUGCGGAGGCGGAGAAGAGACGGUUGCUUUAUCAGCAAAAUACCCGCCGGCCACGGACUACAAGUCUUGCUGCAGCUGAGGAGAAGAAGGUGGCCAAGGCGACUAUCAAACAGAUGAGUCGGACGAGUGCUGCGCGGAUUAUUCAGCGAGCGUGGCGGAAUCACUAUGCGCGUUCCGUUAUCACUGAAUUUAGAGCUGUUGAUCUUUCGUUGGAGCGGAUUCGUGCUUUGAGCUUUGAGGAGGUUGGAGCACUACUCUCUGAGGAGAAGCUCUUGGCUGUGACCGCCAAGGUUCUGCGCUUGUGUGGGUUACAGGAUACAGAAGGAGGUGCAAUGGGCGAACGUGGCGCAGUGCGCACGUUUCUCAGCAGCUAUUUGAUCUUGGCCCAUCCCGCUCAAGUCCUCAGCAGCAAUGGAGAGCAAGAGCAAGAUCUUAUUGCGAAAGGUCGAGAUUUGUUGGUCAUUUUUGAGCAGGUUAUCUCGCAAUUAUCAGCGAUUGGAGUGUGGCCUGCCUCUCUUUCUGCUGAUCUCCAAGCCUUGUCGGAAUCUUACAACACUUUCUUUUCCGCAUUCCAUGCCUGGAAGACUCAUGACUCCUCGGUUUUGAUAGAAAUUAUGCUAGCGCAAUUCAUAGAGCUAGAACUUAUCUGGCAGACAGUCAAGGAUGAUUACGCCGGUGGUGCUGUUGAUGAUUACCAACAGGGCAUCCGCCAUAACCAGAUUUUGUUGCUUGCCCGUUUGAAGCGACUGGCUGGGGCUGAAAAGGCCAUGGCGAUGGUGAAACAAGCUUUGAGGAAGGCUAAGCGGGACAAUAUGAAGAGCGGAUCUUCGCAACAAGCUAUCCCCCGUGCCGCUGUUGUUCUUCCCUCAUCCUCAGAGUUACUACCAGAGUCUGCCCAGUCACCUAUCUACGAAACAUUUUCUUCCAAGGACCAACUUGCUCUAGCCCAGUUGGACCAAGAAGAAGUUACCCCCCGAGAUCGCUUUGCAAAGGCUUUGACGGCCUUGCCAGAUAAUAGGGCGCUUGUUCACGAGUUGUUGAUCAACCGUGAGUAUAAGAUCGACCAAGGCCCCUAUACGGAGAUACGACGACAAAUCAUGAAUCAUAUGUGCGAUAUGAUGAGAAGAGAUGUGGUUAAAGGAUUGGGAACUUCGUGGACAGUAGCGAUGGCUUCUGUUAUUCAGGAUAGACUGCUGCAUUCAUUGAAACCUGGAAAUUCAUUGCACGUUUUGAUCAGUGAGGUUCUCGAUCCAAAAUAUAUCGAAAACCAGUGUAAUGCGGGCACAUUUUCGUAUGACGCAUUCUUCGAUUUCAUGAGCAAUAUUCUUCCUAAGCUUUGUGCUCCCUAUCGUGAUCCUGAUGUCAAGGCAUUUGCCACUGACACUUCUGGAGAUGCAAUUGACCGUCUUGCGAGGUUAAUGAACAUUAUCGAUCUUUUGUCUUUGGACCACACGAAUUUCCUGUUGCAUGUUGCUGCUACUCAACUCAUCCGGGAGGGCCCAGGAUAUGAACAGCGUGCGUUUGCGCGGGAUUUGCAAGAUGGAACCAUUACGCUUGACAGGACUAGGGCAUUCUGGCGUUCGAGCCGCAAAGCAAUUAUCGAUGAAAUGAAAAAACGCGACCCGGAAAAUGUAAACCCGGAUUACAAACCCCCCGUAGCGAAGAUCUACGCACACGGUCUCGUCGACCUAGUUUUAAGCAAUAGACGGCUCCGUCCUGAACUCAUUCCCGAAACGCUACAUCUCGACCACAGCCGCCUCGAUGAACUACGAUCUCGGGUUUUUAAGAUCGCAGCCACCGCUUCGAUUUUGUUGAGUGCCAAGAACCUCCUGAAGCGUGAUGUGCGAUCCCAGUGGAAAGGCGAAGCGGAGCGGAUCAUGGCUCUUGAUUUCAGCGAUAUCAAACCCGAGCGCGUCCAGUCAAUCCUCGAAUCAGCACAUGCCAUGCCCUUGACGACACGGACCCAGCUGUUCUCAACGAUCAAACAUGUCCUCAGCCCGGCCACUGCUGCCUCCAUCACCGCGACCGCAACAGCCUCCUCUGCCGCAACGAUGUCAGGUCAAUUCGUCUCGAUAUCACCUGAUACAUUUGCGUUGCUCCCUUCCUCCUCCACCUCCACCUCAUCAUCCCCAUCCCCAUCCAGCCCCACAGACAUCCGAGCCAACAAUACAGGCUGCUUCACCGACCCCGUAACGAAACUGAUGCUCUCCCGACUGCGGGCUCAUGUUUUCGCGCGCCUGAGUGCGUCGAGUGCUAGUGAGCGGGUGCGCAUGACGGCGACGGCGAGCCAGAGCCUCGCUACGGCUGGGAUGCCGGAGUUUGUGAGUGAGGUUGGGAAGGUUGUGGAGAGUUUGGGGAAGGUCAGGGAGGUGGAUUGGAUGUGUCAUGGCAUGGUUUAUGAGGAGAUGUGGAGUGAGGAGGGUGACGGUGGAGUUGGGAACGAGAAUCGGAAUCAGAAUGUGGAUGGGGAUGGUUAUGGGGUUGAGAGGAAAACGGAGGGGUAA